AUGGACAGCUCUGGCGCUGAUAACACCAUCAACCAAUCACUGACCUCCUCAGAGGAUACCCCGUCACUGAUUGGUGCUGACACGACCAAUCAGGAGAAGGACGACUACGAUUUUCUUGCUGAUUUUUCGUUUUCGUACGUUUUUGGGCCAAACAGCUCAAUAGCCCUGGACUCCUUCGACGAUAUACUAACCGACUACGACAAUAUGGACAAUAUCUCGUUCAACAAUGACAACAACAACGCAAACAUUAACAACAGCGACAUCAAUAACUUUAUUAAUAUUGGUGAAACUGAUGAGUAUAUCCUAAAUAUAGAUAGCUCUGACUUACUUAGUAGUAACAACAACAAUAAUAAUAACAAUAAUAGCAAAUUUAGUUAUAACUUUGGUAAUACAGGUGAUAAUAAUGCUAAUCAUAAUUUGGAUGGUAAUAAAAAGUUCUCCAGGGAAUCAAACACCAAAGACUAUACUGCCGCUAGCAUUGCUACGACUUAUAAUAAUAUCCAUAAUAAUAAUAGUUAUAAUAAUAAUAAUUAUAGUUAUAAUAAUAAAUAUUGUAAUGUUAAUUAUGAUCUAAGUGGUAAUAUGUACGCUAAUAUGAACAUAACAGUUAAGGAAGGUGUGAGUAGUAGUACUAGUAGUAGUAGUAACAACAACAACAAUAAUAGUAGUGGUAUCGGUAGGAGUAGUAUUUUUGUUCAAGAUAAACUGUCGUUGGACAGUGGUGGGGAGUGCAGAAGUUUGCCAUUAAGAAGAGGUUAA